AUGACGCGCGAACAAGCCUUGGUCAUGGCCUCGCGGCAUCGGAUCUUCAGCGCUGUUGAGGAGAAUCUUUCGCCGGCCUGUACCUGCAUCUUGCAUCUUGCAACUCCGGACGGUAAUUCGUGGCUACACUUAGGUUUUGGCUCCGGCAUCAUCGUUCGCCGCGCCUCUGCCAUAUCCGGCUUGGCCGCUUGGGAUCGCGAGAGACUCCCCAGACUGCAUCCCAACUCCAACGCCACACACAUCACCGCCUGCAAGCUGCGUAGCCAGGAGGCUCGCAUCCGACUGACUGCAGAAGCCCGUGUGAAGCAUUUCUACCACCUCACACUUCAGAAUAUGAGUACCCGAGGGCAGGAACCGGCAAUUUGGACUGACCCAAAAGCAGGACUGUCUCGGAGCGGAUAG